CCAUGGCGUCGCCGAGCUCGAGGACAUAGUGUGUCAGCGCCGUCACAUGGGGAUCAUUGCUGCUUCGCCGCGCCGAGUCCCGAACUCCUCCACGUGACUAUCAUGGACUCAGAACAGUGCCAUCGCAUCCAUCUCACUGAUCGUGUUCGAUUUCAUCCAGUAGAUAACAUGGAAAGAAGAAUAGAUUAUGUGGUCUUUGACAUGGAUGGCCUUCUCAUCGACACGGAGAGAGUAUAUACCGAAGUCACCAAUGAUAUCCUUGGUCGCUACGGCAAGAUCAUGACAUGGGACAUCAAGGCACAGCUCAUGGGAAAACCACAAAUUGAAUCUGUGACACACCUGCUAUCUUUGUUUCCCGGAAUCGAUAUCACGAUCGACCAGUACAUCACAGAGUCCCAAAAAAAGCUAGAUGCGAACUGGCCAACCGUGCAGCUCCUUCCGGGAGUACAGAGGUUAAUCCAGCACCUGGUGAAACACAACGUUCCAAUCGUAGUCGCCACUGCUUCCUCACGACGGAACUUUGUCCGCAAGUCUGAGAAUCUCAAAGAAUUCUUCGACUACUUUCAAGACAACAUUGUCUGCGCUGAUGAUGUAGCAGGCAAGACUACGGGGAAGCCUGACCCUUAUAUUUUCUUGUAUGCUGCAGGUGUUCUAGGCAAGGCAGUGGGCGCUAUGGAGCAGUGCACAGAGGCUGAGGCUGUGGAAAGGGGCAAAGGACUCGUUUUUGAAGACGCCGUUUACGGUGUCCAGGCGGGGAAAAGAGCCGGAAUGUCAGUUGUCUGGGUACCUGACGAACGCCUUUUGGACGUUGCCAGUCCCAGCCCAUACGUCCCAGAUGAGACGCUUACGUCCAUCGAGCAUUUCAAGCCCGAGAAGUGGGGCCUCCCACCUUACGACACCCAAUGACGCUACCGAUAUCGAUUAUAGGUUGUAAAAGGCGCUGCCACACAUAAAAGCUACUCUUCGUCGGUGCAUUGGACAAAAAUAGUUCAAAAUCCCCUGAUUGAAAGUGAUCGAUGAUCAUUUGUGGCUGCCUUUCCGCAUACUAUCACAAUCACAUCUCGGGCAUCACCUUGGCGUA